GCCUCGGUGGCGGCGAUGCUGCUCGCGUGGGCCCAGGCGCGUCUUUCCGGUUCCGCCGGAGCGGCGCGGGCGGCGAGUGACGGGUCCCGGGUCCUUCCGCGGCGCCGAGGGCGGCGCGGCCCCGCCCGGCCCAUGGACCGGCACAAAGUGAAGCGGCAGCGUCUGGACCGGAUCUGUGAAGGCAUACGGCCUCCAAUUGUGAAUGGCCCAAUGCCAGCACGGCCACUGGUUGCACUCCUGGAUGGACGAGAUUGCACUGUGGAGAUGCCCAUCUUGAAGGAUGUUGCUACAGUGGCAUUUUGUGAUGCUCAAUCAACUCAGGAAAUCCAUGAAAAGGUGCUGAAUGAGGCAGUAGGAGCUCUGAUGUAUCACACCAUUACCCUUUCUCGUCAGGAUCUGGAGAAAUUCAAAGCCCUCAGGGUCAUUGUGCGUAUUGGCAGUGGCUAUGACAAUGUUGACAUCAAAUCUGCUGCAGAAUUAGGCAUUGCCGUUUGCAACAUCCCUUCCUCCUCAGUAGAGGAGACUGCUGACUCUACCCUCUGCCACAUCUUGAACCUCUAUCGCCGUGUUACUUGGCUACAUCAGGCUCUGCGGGAAGGGAAUCGAGCCUCAAGCGUAGAACAGAUUCGAGAGGUAGCUGGAGGUGCUGUGCGUAUCCGUGGGGAGACUUUGGGCAUCAUUGGACUAGGCCGAGUUGGACAGGCAGUGGCUCUGCGAGCCAAGUCCUUUGGCUUCAACGUGAUUUUCUAUGAUCCCUAUCUGCCGGAUGGAGUGGAGCGAUCCUUGGGUUUACAACGAGUAGGAACCCUGCAGGAUCUACUAAUGCACAGCGAUUGCAUCACAUUGCACUGCAGCCUGAAUGAACAUAACCAUCACCUCAUCAAUGACUUCACUAUUAAACAGAUGCGUCAAGGCUGCUUCUUAGUGAACACAGCCCGGGGAGGGCUGGUAGAUGAGAAAGCCUUAGCACAAGCCCUGAAAGAGGGGAGAAUCAGAGGAACAGCAUUGGAUGUGCAUGAGUCUGAGCCUUUCAGUUUUGCUCAGGGGCCAUUAAAAGAUGCACCCAAUGUUAUCUGCACCCCUCACACUGCUUGGUACAGUGAGCAGGCUUCCAUUGAAUCCAGAGAAGAUGCAGCUAAAGAGAUCCGCAGAGCUAUUACAGGUCAUAUACCUGACGCUUUGAGAAACUGUGUUAAUAAGGAGUACUUGCUGUUAGCAGCUCAGUGGUCCAAUAUUGAUCCUGCAACUGUCCACCCAGAACUCAACGGAGCUGCAGCUUACAGGUUUCCUCCAGGAGUAGUGGGAGUAGCCAACCCUGGGCUACCAGAACCACCAGUAGUGGAGGGGAUUGUAGCUCAUGGGAUCCCUCCUGUUUCUCACUCUGCACCACGUACUCCUUCCCCAGGAGAGACAAGCAAACUGGAUGCAGACAGAGAGAUUCCUGCUGACCAAUAGCAGCGUGUUUCUCUCCUCUCCUUUGGCAGCAGAAAAAAAAGUAGGAGGGCAUCUCCUCCUAGGACCUUCUUUAACACCCUACAGACACUGUUUCCUGUUCACAUGGGACAGGAGAAUGCAUUUCCUUGCCGACAGACUUUAGCUCUCGCCUUUAUUUUGUAACCUUUUAGUUAUAAUUUCUUGAUGAAUCUUUCUCCUUCUCUGGGGCAUGGUAGCAGGGACCUUGCCUCCCCUUGGCUUAAUGAAUCAGUUCUCCCAUGUAUCUGCUUCAGUUUUCUGUGACAGGGAACUGUGUUUGUGUGCUUGAAAAUGGAAGUGAAGCUACCUGAUCAGGGAUGGGCCUUGGUGGUACAAACUUAAGUGCACACUUUUCAGUUGUGACUUGUAGCUUAAAUUUAAUUUGGCUGAACCUCUUAUAAGUGUAGCGAUGGGGAAUAUUAGAAAAAAUAUUAGUGAAUUGGAGAAGUUGUGACUAUUGUCUUCAUUAUGCCCUUGAUAGAAGGCAGCCAGGCUGAGCUGUGUGUGUUACUUUGCUUGUUUUAAUUAACGUUUCCUGUGAGAACAGGCAUAGCACAGGCACUGUUAAUUCUUGACCAUACGCAGUUUUCUCUAUGCAGUUCUAGGCCUGAAGUUAAAAGUAGCACUGUCAAAGCCAGCCUUUUAAAUAGUUUGGAAGGGAAUAAAAUGUCAUCAAAUGUAUUUUGGUGGCAACCAUGUUUGUGAGGCUUCAGAAUUGUUCACCCUGGAGUCUAUAACUUGGAGAAGGUAAGAAAAUGCUGAAAUAGGAAAAGCAUGCACUGAGAGACAGCAAGUAGCAAUAAUGUGCAGCUGCAGUUGCUGGUUCCUCACACACAAGUACCUCGUAGUCUAGGGCAGUGUUUAUCCCCAAGGGAUCCAUCACACUAGAAUUCUAAGCUUUAAGAUACAGAUUUUUUUUUUUUCUUUUUGCAUAAUUGCAUCAGCUAGAAGUAACGUCCCACUUGUCUGUGCUGGUGGAGAAGGCAGCUUUUAACAGUCAGGAAAAAGUUUAUCACCCAGUAGGUGUUUAAGCACUGGAAUAGACUCCCCAAGGAGGCUAGCACAGCGCCAAACCUAUCUGAGUUCAAGAAGUGUUUGGACAAUGCUUGGGGUACAUGGUGGGAUUCUUGGGGUGUCCUGUGCAAGGCCAGGAGAUGGACUCCAUCAUCCUGAUGGCUCCCUUCCAACUCAGCAUAGUCUAUGAUUUUCUGGUAUACUGCAUCUCUGUAGCAGGGCAGGGCAGCAGGGCAACGCAAGACAGCAGUUUGUUUUACGUGAAUAGGCUUUGUGAUACUAGAAGGAGAAUUAAUACUUGCAGUUUUUCACCUGAAGCCAAGGCAGGAUUGUUGCUGGCAAGUCUUCUCCAUUUCACAAAUGACUGAAUAUGAAUCGCUUCUUUAAGGGGUGUGGAGUCUUCAGCAAAGAGGUUCCACAGGAGAAGAUUUUUUUUCUUUAAGUUCACAUCUUUCUUUAAUUUCAUCUUGUUACACUUCAGUUAUAGCUUUUCCAUGCACAAGAUGUAACAAUAUCUGAUUGAUUUGUUUAUAUUGUUUGGAUAUAUUAAAGUAGGUGCUGUAUGGGAGGCAUACCCUAUGUGUGGGUUUCUCUGCCUCCCUUGAUUAUUCUCUCUGUUGUGUGUCUGUGACUGGAAGCUGAACAGAUGGGAACAGACUGGAGAAACAACUUGAAGUAUGGACAAAAUCUUCUGUUUAGGCUGUUUAGUUUAGGAAGGUAAGGAAAGCUUUCAGAAUAACUAAGUUCUCAGAUUGUUUUUCUGGUUUAAAACUUUUUUCCAAUACUGCCUUCUCUGUAGUGGCUUACUACUAAUACAGUGAUUGAUUCCUUUCUCCUCCCCUUCUCCACUCCCCUCAGCAAUUCAAGAAAGGAAAAUAGUCAAGAAGUAAACUUCAGGUGUUUUCUUACAAAUUUUACACUUGAGCUGUUUAGUAUUAGUGAGAUAAUACUAGUUUUCUAGUGCUGAGUGUCUUUUUUUGAUAAGGUAUUUGUCUCAGUGAAGAUUCUUGGCUUCUAUGUUUUUGUGGAUGAUUCUGAUUCUACUUCAAAUUCAUAUACCUCCUUGGCUGCUCAGGUCUAGCAGAUCAGACUGAGGCUGGUGGUAGGCAUGAGUUACAGGAGAACUUUUUCUGAACAAAAGCCUGGAGCUCAGAAGCCCGUUGAUUGCAGGUGUACCUAAAAUAACCAUCAGCACUCUCCUGAAUUCUCUAAUCUCUAGGAAAUUCAGAUUUCACAAGCUGCUGGCUCAGAAAGAUCUUCUGACAGGCAGGUGUGGAAAAGUUUUCAGAGAGCUCAUUUUCUAUUACCACAUUAGGGAAGCAGUCUGUCAAUAACUACUCUUUAUUUGCUGCUGAAAAUUCCUGCCCUGCUUAGGGGUUCGGGACUGAGAUUAUUUUGUGGUAAGGGGCUUCUAGUUACGAGCUUUGAGGAUCAGAGUACAUUGACCUUGUCUUUUCUAGAGCACAAUGCAAGAUAGAUUUAUUUUUUUAGAAGAGGCAAUUUAUUUUUUUUUCUUCAUUACUGCAAGUAUCUCUAUAGACAGUCAAAUAACUGAGCAAAGGAGGAGUAGAAAAAUUUCAUUUGGGGGAAACAUGAGUUUAUAGUUCAUAUUUUUGGUGGCUAGAUACACUAGUGACUAGGUAAGCAUAGGAAUUAAAUGAUUGAUGGUAUAAGAAAUAUUUCCAGUUAUGGGUACCAAGGAGUUGAAGCUGACAGCAUUGAUAGUGGCUCUGUUCUAUCCGACACAAUGUACACUUGUUAUUGGAUAUGAUGGUAAUUUUCCCCUUGGUUAAAGCCCCAGCAGAAAACGUUGAGGUAAAAAUGAACAGAACCCUCAUCGUGUCCUCAAAGAAGGACUCUCUUUGCAUUUAUAGGAUUACUCUGCUUGUGUGCUGUUUGUACCUCUGCUGAUAGCCUGAACCUAUUAUCACCAGACAAAGGCUGUUCCGAAUGGAUAGCUCAAAGAAAAACUUACCGGUACUAAAGCAUCCUGAGGUCUUCUUUCCCUGAGUGCCAAGUACUUUGGUAGCACUCUUUGUUGUGUGAUACACUGAACUUGCAGCUCUCCCUUCCAAGCUUAGUGCAGUAUACAGAAGUGGAGUGAUUUUUUUUUUUUAAUGCCUUCUUUCAGAACUAGUGCAGAGCUUUAAUCCCAAAGAACAGAAGUCUCCCAGGGUGAGGCAGGCGUUCCCUAGCCGCACUAAUCUGCUUACAGGAGGUGCUCACACUAUCCCAAGGUACAUUCUGUUUGUCAGGGUCACUGCUGCUGACCAGCUUUUUUAUAGAGGACUCAGAGUUUCAGAAAUAUAUUUUUGUAGACAAUGAUUAAACUGUGAAACAUUGAAAUAAAGCAUGUAAACAAAAAUUUACAGCACUGUCCUCUGUACAGAUGUUUUCCUCACUUCAGUUCUCUCCUGGCUCUUUAGAAAAUGUUUGAUUACUUCUUGGAUAUAUUUUAAUAAAGUUCUCCAAAGAAUA